GCCAUGUCUCUGGUAGAUGUACCAAUAUCUAAUGAAAACGAGAAUGGCUGACGAUGGCAAAAUCAAGCUGCGGUAGUGGGGGGUUGGGUGGGGGGUUGAAAGAAAAGCUUCAAGAAGAGUUCCUCUCCUGCAAGAUUUGCCUAGAGCCAUUCUCACGUCCCAAGGCACUGCCAUGCCUCCACACAUUCUGUGAGCACUGCCUAACGGACUAUGUGCGGCGUAACCCAGGAGAUAAGGCGGGCUGGUUCCCCUGCCCCAUGUGCCGCAAGGACACGCCCAUUCCCCCAGGAGGCGUGCCCGAGUUUCAGGAUAAUUUUGUCUUGCUGAGCUUGUCACAGACGCUUGACGAAGACACAAACUGGGUGCCCCCUGCAGUCCAGCAUCAGUCUCAAGUCACCCCGCCCAGGCCUAUUUGCCCACCAUCGCCCAAAGAGAAAAAACUGCGUUCGUUCAAGUGGUAUUUUGGUAAAGUCAGUCGGAAUGCUUCUGAAGAAUGGCUCCUGCAGCCCGAUUUCCCCAAAGGCACAUUUUUGAUACGACAGGGGGAGGCAACUCCAGAUACUUACACACUGUCUGUACGUGACUGCGAUGAACUGCGAGGAUUUCUCGUCAAGCAUUAUAAAAUCCACAUGAAAAAGUCAAGUAACAAUGACGACUUGGAUUCAAACAACGGCGAUGAUAACGAUGCCGAACUCAAAGAGUAUUACUACAUCACAACGCGGCGACCUUUUGCAACGCUGGCUGACCUUGUCAUACAUUACUCAGAACUAGCCGACGGCCUUUGCUGUAAGCUAACUCAAAUAUGUCCCAAGCCACGGUCGCUCCUGUGGGCAAUGGACCGAGGCAAAACUGACCAAUGGGAGUCUCCGAGAGAACGAAUCCGCUUCGUCAUGAAACUGGGCAGUGGUCAGUUUGCAGAUGUCUGGUUAGGGAAGUGGAAUGACAGCAAAGAUGUAGCCAUUAAGAUGCAGCGGCCUGGCUCUGUAUCAACGGCUGCAUUUUUAGAUGAGGCGCAAAUCCUUAAAACUCUUCAACACAACAACAUUGUCAGACUGUUAGCUGUUUGCACAGAGCAGGAGCCUGUUUACCUGGUUCUGGAGUACAUGCCCAGGGGGCGCUUGUCCCAGUACCUGAGGGAGGGGGCAGGCAAAGACCUGGGAUUGUCUGAAUUACUCUGGAUUACCACACAGAUUGCUGAUGGCAUGGCUUAUAUGGAGAGAGAAGGAUUUGUCCACAGAAAUUUGGGGGCCAGGAACAUUUUGGUGGGAGAGAACAACAAUGUCAGAAUAUCUGGGUUUGGUAUGACCAAAGUUGUCGACGAUCCAGAUUUUAAUUUUAGAAAAGGCCUAAAGAUGGCAAUUAAGUGGAUGGCACCAGAAGUGUUACUCUACAACAAAUACAGCACCAAGAGCGAUGUCUGGUCAUUUGCAGUAGUCAUGAUAGAAAUACUGAGCUAUGGCAAGGAACCUUAUGAAGGCCUUCCAAGUAAACAGGCAUUUGAGAAAAUCCAGGCUGGCUACAGGAUGCCGAGGCCAGAGUUAUGUCCCCCUGCGGUAUACGAGGUCAUUCUGACCUGCUGGAACAUCACCGCGCCUUCACGGCCGUCAUUUGACUUUUUACACACUUUCCUACAGGAUGCCCACUCAUCAUGAGAGGCCAAUGGGAGAAAACUCUGAUUAAUUUGGCUGUGUUGUUUCGGUGGGGAUGUAUUUCCAUCCCCAUAGAUGGCACUAUGGGGGACUGGUGACCAGGGACAAUCCUGAUGUCUAAAUUUUAUAAAUGCAGUCAUUGUUAGAACUUGUGGGAGUUCAAAAGACGUCAUCUGUGUAAAGUGAAGUCUGUGCAAGAAGCCUUACAGUGUGCACUCCAGUGUGGUGCAACAGGUCCCUAUUUAUUCAUAGAGGGGGUUGUCCCCUAUUGAACUGUUGCUAUUUUGUUCAUUGGACAAGGAUUACUGAGGCAGUGCAGGAACUGUAACGCGGACAUUUACUGGUUAUCUCCCCUGGCAAAGAAGGGACCAGUCGGACUAUUGCCUUCGUAGUACGCACAGACAUUGGUUCGUAAGCUUUGCAAACUUUGGUGGGGACUGGUUAAAGUUGAAUGAUCUGGACCAUACCAUAUAACCACCAAUCCUUCACUGUGAUGCUUUUUGUACAAAUUUGUUUUUUUGUUUGUUUUUUUUCCUUUUUUUUGCAGUUGUAAUAUUUUUUUUUUUCUUUGUGGGGGGAGAUUUCAUGUUUAAUAGUGCUCGACCGAUUUUGCUACAAGUACU